GCGCGGAGAGAAGAGAGACCAAGAGAAAACUUCAAAAUACCCACAACAAAAAACUGCCCUCGAAUCCCGUGUAACGCAUUUCCGUAGAUUCCGCUUUCUGUUGCUCAGUGAGAUUGUAGUGUAUAUAAAUCAAGAGUUUGGUUCGAGAUUUGUUCGGGGAGAUUUCUAUGGAGGCGAGAGCUGUGGUGAAGGGGUUUCAGUUUUGUACAUGGAUUGAUUCGGAGAAGGUGAAGAGGAGACCCCCGAGUGGCUCGGCGCGGUUUUCGAGGAGGUUGAAGGAGGAGCAAAGCAAGCGUCAGGUGCUUGUUGCGGCUGCUCACCUACCCAAAUCGAAUCGGCAUCGACAUGUCGCUGUGGAUUACAGCCACUGGAAUCCAGCUUCCACAAUGGAAUCUGGAAACUUUCUUGCUCAUUUUGAUGAAGCUCCUGUUCUGAAGACUAAGUCCCAAGAGAUUGAGCCAUACUUAAACGGUCGCUGUAUAUAUCUUGUUGGUAUGAUGGGGUCUGGGAAAACAACUGUUGGCAAGAUUUUGUCACAGGCACUUAAUUAUUCAUUUGUUGAUAGUGAUACAUUCGUGGAGCAUGAGGUAGGUGGAAAAAGUGUAGCUGAAAUUUUCAAGCUCUAUGGAGAGGGUUUCUUUAGAGACAAGGAGACUGAGGCCUUACGAAAGCUGUCUAUGAUGCAACGCUAUGUUGUUUCUACUGGUGGUGGUGCUGUAGUUCGGCCAGUCAACUGGAAAUGUAUGCAGAAGGGCAUUAGUGUAUGGUUAGAUGUACCCUUGGAAGCCUUGGCCCAGAGAAUUGCAGAUGUGGGAACUGGUUCUCGACCACUAUUGCAUCAUGGGCCAGGGGAUGCGUACAGCAAAACCUUUAUGCGUCUAUCUAGUCUUUUCGAAGAGAGAGGUGAUGCAUAUGCCAAUGCCAAUGCUCGGGUUUCCUUGGAAAAUAUUGCAGCCAAAAUGGGUUAUAGAGAUGUAUCCAACCUCUCACCUGCUGCUAUUGCUCUUGAGGCACUUCAACAAAUUGAAUGGUUUCUGGAGGAAGAGAGAGGUCGUGCUCGUGUAUUCUAAGUUGUGAAACUUCCAUGCUGCAUACUUGUGGUACUUUUCAAUUAUUUAUUUUUCCAUUUAUCUUUUCUGUAGAAUGUGCCAUGUUUCUAUUUUUAGUAGCGAAACAUGGCACAGUAUAUGUCUAUUUGUGUUAAUGAGGUCCUGCAAAAAAUAGCAGAAAUGAACUAUUAAGUUUUCUUUUUGUUCAAAGAACUAUGAACACAUUGUAACGUUGAUUAAGUUGUAGCUGUACAUAUUGUAUCAUUGUUGGUUCAAAUGGGAUAAUAAAACCCAGAAUUGUACCACUCACA